UGGGCAGGGACAGAGAAGCUGUUUAAUGACAUUGAAUAAGCCAUAGUCUUAUUUUUAUGGGGGUAGGAUUUUUUACCUGUGACUGUCGUGCUACAGAAAAACAAGUGUGAUGGUGUAGAUCCAGGUAAAUCAGUCAGUUCAGGUUAGGCGUACCUGAGCGGAGUCUUAACACAGGCAGGUGAGGUAACCGAACAGUCAAAAUGGCGUCAGGUCCCAGACACAUAUUUACCUGUAUUCGCUUGGUGGUGAUGACAGUGUUGGCAGUGGGGUGGGUGGACGGUCAGGUCCACAAGUUUACCCCACCCCCCGGGGAGGGCUACCCCAGACCCACCGUCAUUAACGGCAUCAUUUAUAACCUGUUCCACAUCCCGCCGCGGUGUCGGGACCCCAGAGUGUAUACGUACCCCACAGGGGGAAUCAUCAAGGACCCCCGGGCCCUGAUCAAAGCGGACAAUCCUCACAAGAUCAACGGGAACAUCGAAAUAGCCCCGUCAGGAUGUCUGUACAUAGAGCCCGGCUCAGUUCUCCACUUCUCACCCGGCUAUGGCAUUAGGGUGAAUGGAACUCUAAUAGCGUGGGGAAGCCCGGAUGAGAGGAUUACAUUUACCAAAGACCCGGACAAAUCCUCCAAAUUUUCCAGUCUGUGGCCGGAUGGUGCACGACUGGUUGACGGCAACACGACACUGGACGGUAGACUGGAAUUACUUUACCACGGCAAAUGGCGCGGCGUCUGCACUAACUAUGUCAACUUUACGAAAAUCGACGCUAAUGUGACUUGCCGAAGUCUGGGAUUCCUUCAUGGAAAUUUCACUUACCAUUCCUUUGCAAAGAAUGUCUCUGAUUACAUCCUGUACGAGAGGCCGGGGUGUAGAGGUUCGGAGAACGACAUUAGGAAUUGUCCCGGUAAAUUUGAGAUACGCAUGGGCAGUCACGUCUGUGACGGCCAACAGGUUAUCGGGUUUGAAUGCGAGGGUUUCCGGCCCGACCUGGCGUUGGAUCAUUGGCGUGGAAUCGAGUUUCUCAAUUCUACCGCAGAGGUGAUUCGGGUGGAAAACAACGCUAUAAUCGUGAACGAGUCCCUGUCGCGUAUUGAGUACGCAGAUAUCUCUUACGCUGGCGUGGACAUCAUACGAGAUGCCUCCAAGAACAUCCGCCAUCCCAUGGCAACCAUCAGUGCCAACCCACAUGCCCCCAACAUCAAUGAGAUAACCCUGAUGUAUGGAGCCCAUGAUGGGCUCAACUUUACCGACCUGAAGGGGUCUGUUCGACUGGCAAACAGCACAAUUUCACACAAUAGAGGUCAUGGGGCGCUUAUUAAAACGACUGUUGGACGAAUGCUGGUCAAUACCACCAAUAUAACCAAUAACUGGGGAGACGGGAUCAAAUUCCAUAUGGUCAAUUACACCAUCUCGCGCUAUGAGGAUAAAUUCACGAAAGUGGGCUCAUUCUGUCAACCAUACAACGCCCACUUUGCUUUACCACGGUUUGCUUACCAGGACCUGAGGGACUUCAAUGGAGAAAUCCCACUCACUAAUCCUUGUAUCCAGAGGGUAAAGACCUCGCAAAACAGAAGUAUAACAGUACAUUUCCUGCUAUUUGAACGAGACCCACUGGUGUCAGGGACACUUAAGCUCUACGAAGGUCCACUAAGCGGGAAAUUGAUACAAACUGUUGAAAUCCAGAACGGCAGUUACCCACAAUCCGUCAGCACAUCCGGAAAUGAACUGUCGAUGGAAUUCCACUGGAGUCUUCCCAUAAACCGACGUUGUCCGACCUACAAGUUUUGCCUGCGGUUUCUUUUGGAGAUACACGCUGAGUAUGGACCCGAUCCAGAGUUUCGUCUCAUUAAUUCCAGUGUUUCCAACAACAGUAUGCAUGGCGUGAACAUUCAUGACAUGCGGAGUAAAGUAUUCUUCAACACAACCGAAAUCAGCUACAACAGAUACGAGGCUGGACUUCGCAUCUUUCAAGGUGCUGGCGAAAUCACCCUUAAUAAUACCUUGAUUGAACAGAACUCAUUGGCAGGAGUGAACAUUACCUAUAGUGGUGGUUAUAUCUUGAUGAACAAUACUCGCAUCCAGGAGAAUAGGGGUUACGGCGUUAUAACGGAGUAUGAUAUAGUGAACAAGACGCGCUACGAAUUGCGCCAAAAAAUGGAAGUUGUCCGCUCGGAAUUUACACUGAAUGAAUGGACGGCCUUCCGCAUUGGGAACUACUGCAAGAGUGGCUCCAUUCUGGUGAACGAAAGCAUGUUCAUGUUCAACUUUGAAGAGGCCAUAGAGUUUUUAUCUUGUAAUAGGUCAAACUCACAAAGUAUGAAUUUUAGUCUUGCUUUUAAUACGUUUUCUGACAAUCAGAGACACAGUAUACUGAUCUCGCCUAUGUUGUACGUGACUGGAAUAAUCACUAACAAUACCUUCAGAAAUCACGAAAUGGGAGCUGUACGAUUUGACAACGGUGACGACUUGUUGGUGAAUCGAUGGUACACUGACUUCCCAGUGAAUUACAACAUUUUUGAAAACGACUUCAAGAAUAACUCUGGUCGAUAUGUGGUCAGCAUGAGACUGACUCAGGCUAGUCCUUUGCAGAAAAUCUAUUUUAAGUUUAACAGACUACUAGACAACUUCAUCAACGAGACUUUUCCAGGACUUAACUCCCGAAGCCGCGCCAACGCUGUGGUGAUCUUAUCCUCAGGUGGCAUAGUGUUCGAAAAGAACUGGAUAGAAAAUCCCGACUCUGUGCGAGAAGUCUGCACUCAUCUCACGGAUCCCUCCGUUACCAUCAAGGCUACUCUGAACUGGUGGGGAAGCCCCAUUCCGAAAUUUAUCUACAACAGAAUUUUUGAUCGAAAUGAUCGGUAUAACUUAGCUCAGGUCGAGUAUUACCCAGCUCUUGAGUACAACAGGCUGUACGAGAACCACACCUCUAUACAACCUCGUUAUGUAUGGGAAUUCAAGAGGGGAUAUAAUACAAUUGGAGGAGUUCUGGAACAUCCUGGAUUUCAAACCGACCGGAACAUUAAGACGUAUUACGUGGACAAGGACAUCUUCGUGAUGCCUGGUGUCCCGUUUACCGUCUAUCCCGGCACUUCUUUAGUCUUUGCGAAUUCUUUGGGUAUCGUGGUCUAUGGGCGCCUUGUCGCCGACGGCACCAGGAUAGACCCAGUUGUGUUCACUCUGGAGGAGAUGGACAUAUUCGUGGAGAAUGUCACUGCCAGUGUCCGUUUGGAAGACGGCUUGGACCAGUUUGAGGGACGUCUGGAAGUGGAAAUAGAUGGUGUCUGGGGCACUGUGUGUGAUGAGGGUUGGAUGGAUUCAAACGCUGCGCUAGCAUGUCAGCAACUCGGCCUGACGUAUAACACUAAGUACGCAACACCGAGACGUAAGAUUGUGGGUAGUCCUUGGCAACCAGUGCACCUGGCCGACGUCAGAUGCCGCGAGAUGGAUUUAGACCUGACUAAAUGUAAAGCAGACCGGCUAAUAGACAAGUCGCCAAAUUACUGUAAUCACAGCCAGGAUGUCAUUAUUCGCUGCCACCCUCCAACGUGGUCAGGCGUGACUAUCCCGGCAGUGCCAAAAGGGGGACAGCAACAUGAGACUCAAAUCCGCCACGUAAUCAUUGAAAAAGCAGGUCUUUUGGACUCUUCAACCAUGGAAUAUUCCCCUGCCCUGAGGAUUGACUACAAUUACCACGUCAUCACUAACCUCACCGUUAAGGACGGGGUGUCUGAUGGAAUAGAUAUCAAAUUUACGCACCCGCUAUCCGAAAACAGAUUAGAAAGCUGCAAGAUUCUGAAUAACCUUGGAUCAGGAAUAGUCACGAGGGACACAUCUCUAGAAAUCUCUUACACCAGCGUGACCGGAAAUGGAGAGGCGGGGCUUCGGUUUGAUCCCUCAUUCACUGAACUAGAAGCUCUACGUAUCCGAAAUUCUAUCCAUCCCGAUCACCGUAAAGACAUGCUAAAAGUGGCCACCUAUACCGUUGGUAGAGACUCCAUGGUGUUUUUGGUAACGAAUCCAACUGAAGUACCGCUCAGAAACGGAUAUCAUGACUUAGAGCUGGACGCUGGGCCGGGAUCCCGACUUACGCUUCAGAUUCUCGACUAUAAUCCUCUAACGCAACGAGAAAAUGUCACCAUAUUUGAUAAUCAGAAAAACUCAAUUACCUCGCAGACGCCAAGAUGGAUGAUAGAGAAGGAUUUAGUGGACUUCCCACUGUCCUCGUCCACACGAUAUCUCACCAUCCGUAUUCAGGCUUCAGGCAUCAUCUCAGGGCGUCUCACAUUUGUUGCCCAUUCACACGGUUACUCUCAGCUGUCAAAAACCAGGCUGUAUGUUCGGAACUGCACCUUUGCUUACAACACCAAAGGUAUUGUGACGAACCACUACAACAACCCUUCAAAUUACAAGCAGGACGUGUUCUUUAGACACAGGAACGAAAUAUUCGAGUUUGAAAUAGUGGUUGUGACAGGAAACAUAGAGGAGGCGAUGUUCAUCCCAAGUGUUACGAAAUUUGGAGAAAACGACCUUCCAUCUUACGAGGAAAUGACUCGACCCGAGAAAGUUGCAGUGAUCCAAUAUAUCAUGACUUACUGUACUAUCACACGUAAUGGCAUAGGUAUAGUCGCUGAGCACAAUCACGUUGACUUUGCCAACAACGUGUGGCACUGGGACAUAGAACAUUGCCACGUCUUAGAAAACAACCAAGGAGGCUUUGAAAUGGAACUUCCACGAGUGAAUGACCGCAAAGAGCGUCAGAUACACAGCUUCACCUUAGACAACACUGUCUUCAGAAAUAACCGAAAUUUUGCUUUCAUCAUCAAUGGGUAUUAUGCAAAUGUGUCGAUUAUGCAGAAUACGUUUAGUGACAACAAGUGCAGGCUUGGACUGAUCGCAAUCUCGGGCAUGGAAAAGGACCUAAGAUUUGAACGAAACGCCAUAUCCUCCAACCAGGGUAGGUUCAUGGUGGAGUUUGACAUGGCCAGUCAUUCGGAGUACGCUGCUGUUGUAGGCGGAACAUUUCAUUACAAUGACAUUAGGAAUAACCGGCCAGAUUCAAAUCAACCAAUAGGAAAUCAACCCCAUACAUAUUCAGUGGCAUUCAGGGGCGUCUUGAACGUGACGGCCAAUAGAAAUCUCUUCGAAAACAUCAACAUGCAAUACGAGUUGAUUGCAGGCGUCAUGGCUCUGUCUUUACGAAAUACCAUGAAUGUUAUUGAAAACUGGUGGGGGUCGGUCAUACAAUUUCAAAUAAAACAGCGAAUAUUUGACUUUGAUGACUGGAACAAUUUUGCCAUUGCUGAGUACGCCCCCUUCUUGGAUACGGCGGACUUUAACGCUGAGACCAUACCAGGAAGCGCCAUUGACGAAGAGAUUGACCUGGACAGACUGGGUGGAAGAAUUGUUAGGGAUUUUACCAUCCCAUCCCGAAGAGAGCCAUAUAUUGUCUAUUCAGAUUUAACCGUAAUGGAAGGAGCUAUCCUGAAAAUACCAGCAGGCACUGAGUUUCAGUUUCAACCAAAUGUGGGGAUUUUGGUGCUGGGAAUUCUUGAAGCACGAGGUCUCCCGUACAGUCGAAUAAAAAUGGGGCCUGUGCGCAAACCAUCUUCGAGGAACUUAUCCCGCAAUCGUCGCGCUACUUCAAACAGGCUACGACUUGUUGGUGGCAUGAACGAGGAUGAAGGCUUCUUGGAACUGUAUAACACUACUUCAAAGAGCUAUAACCUGAUGUGUGAUAAACAGUUUAAUGAAAAGACAGCUGAAGUGGUUUGCAGAGAGCUGGGCAAGGAAACUAUCAACGUGGAAGUGAGGUUUAGUCAUUUGUAUGAUCACUACGUCUACGGCAGACCCAUGUUCUUCCGAAAAGAGUUUUGGGCAAAUUCAUUUUACUGCAAAGGAAAUGAAGAUAAUCUUGAGCAGUGUAUGAAACGAAUCAACUACAAUCUACUGCCGUGCGUCUACGCUGCAAAUUACACCUUCGUUAGGUGCGGCAAACGUAAUUUAGACCCGCAGUUCGACUUCUGGGGCAACAUUCGCUUUGCCCCAGCCUCUUACGAAGAGCAGUCGACGAUCAUUGACGACCCCAAUAGAAAGCGGUCUGCUUUAGAGUACAUCGACAUUACGGGAGCUGGGAUUUUGCAUGGGGAGAAAGUUGGGGCAAUCCAAGCCACUUACCUGGCGCCUAAAUUACAGCAUCUAAACAUCUCUACGUGUGCGUCAAACGCCGUAGACUACAUCGCACCUAGAGAAAGUCUUAUCGCUUCCACUUUAAAUGUAACGGACAAUCUGGGUUACGGGCUGAACGUAUUAGUGCUGAACGGAGAGUCCAGUCACGAAGGGAGGUCGUCCUUCAAACCACUGGUAACCAGUUCAAUUCCCUACAAUAUCUUUGGAAUGGUUGAGAUGUGUAGAAUGGAAAAACAGAUAGUUAUCAAGGAGAGAUCUAUUAUCUUCUUCAAAUACAGCCACAUGAAUCACGAUUGCGUAAAAAUCAUCACCAGUGAGUCUCCUCUCAAUAGAGUGUCGCUGAGGUUUUUGCAGAUAAACCUGUAUCAAGACACCUUCUCUCGGAACACGAUUGAGAUAUUUGAUGGCAGGACGAUAUCGGACGAAAGUAUGCUGGCUGAGAUCUCGGCCCAAAGUCCGGAGAGCGCUGUAUUACGGAGCUACACCUCCACAACCUCGGAGAGAACACUGGUCCUGCAUGUACACGCUUCCCCUGGACAGUGGACAUACGGCUUUAUCGCUGAGGUUGUCACCCUACCACAGUCCGGUCUCUCUUACCCAGACAGCACCUAUCACCAUCGAGUGGAAAAUACUGUGUUUAAACACAACCAAGAUGGCGCUAUUUUAUACCUGAACGUCGGCGAGGUGACGCCUUCCAUUUUCAUCGAGCGCUGUUGGAUUGAAAACAACGGAGUGGCCAUUUUGAACCUGACGUCAUGGCCGGCCAUUGAUAUUGGUAUCCAGGACACACGGACGCUCAAGUUCAGCAAUAAUUUCAUCAACAGAAACAGGGGCGGAAUGCAACUGGUGGCCAAGACAAGUUCUGUGGCCACUAGAGCGAUUAUCAACAUCACGAACAACGUCUUCGCCUUCACCACAAACGGCGAGGCCCUUAAUAUCACCGGUCACCAUUACCAACGGGUUUACGUGUACGAAAACGACUUUUUCAACAACACAGCUGGUGAUUGGCGAAACGUAAUCAACAUAGAAGAGGUCCUGGUGAACUUUACCGACAAUGUCGUCACAAAUAACUACGGUCACCACGUUCUGGGAGCCUACAACGCGGAGGCUGUGCCCACCCAGCAGCUGUACGCUAAGAACAUAUUUGCCGACAACAACGCUUCAGCGGAGCUCAGUGCCACGGUGUUGGCCGGACGAGGCAAGCCAAAGAUCACCGACAAUUACCUUGUAAACCCACUGUGCGACUUUGAACUGGUCUCUGGAUCGAAAGUCAUUUUACAAGACGGUCGCACCAUGGAAGACACACCUAUUAACGCCUCUCGAAAUUGGUGGGGCUCCUGGGUAGGCUCUUACAUCAACGGUAAAAUCUGGGACAGUAAUGACGACGACCGACUCAUAUCCGUCAUCUUCUUCCCGGCCAAAGCGAAUAACGAGUCCUUCCUAGAAGGUAAAUGUCCAGCGGGAUGGCGUCUGCAGAAUGACCGCUGUUACAGGUAUAUGGGUGGAGCAUUGAGCUACGAAGGAGCAAAGGCUUUCUGUAAAGAUGCGGGUGGAUACCUGGCUGAAAGUACAGACCGUGAACGUUUUCUGCACACAAUCGUGCGCAGCUCUCAAAGCGAGUAUACGGAGGACCUAAAGGUAUGGGUGUACGGGUUGGUCCGUCCCAACCGCUGCAGCUCCUUCAGGGUCAUCUAUGUGGUGGAAGAAGAAGACUGUGAGCGGCUGAUGUUACCCUAUAUAUGUGAGAGAGAUCCUUACAUCUCACCACCCGGAGACCGCCCUCUUAUCCUGGCCUUCAGCAUUGCCGGAGGGGUCAUUGGUGCAGUGUUGGUCAUCGUCCUCAUUUUAGGGAUUUUGUGGUGCAUCAAGUCCAAGCGCCGAAAGACGGAGCGGUUCGAGCGACGGGAAUCCAUACGAUCCUCAGUGAGGUCCGCGCGCUCAAAAACUACCCUUGCCGGAUUGUCCGAGCGUGGAACCCCGAACCAGAGCCGGGCCCGAAGUCUGGAUAACAUUUCUGAGGGUCCUCGUGGUAUGCAUCUCUCUGGUGUGACAACGGCUGAGACCAGCACGGAAACCCUCGACAAGCCCCGCUUGAAUGGCUACUAUUUUGACCGAAGUCUGUCCACAUCGGUGGAGUCAAAAGGUGGGCCUGAAUCCUACCCGCAUCGCACUGACCACUAUGUGAACACGGGCUAUUACAACGGUGGCGAUACUGACGAUGACAAAUACGAUGAUGAAUAUGACAAGGAAGUCGACGACGAUGAAUUUGACGAGGAUGAGGAUGAUGGUGAUGCUGAAUCCCAGAAGACAACCGAGACGUCCACGACCAACCAAGAGUAUGAGGAUUAUAAAGGCCAGGCUCCUCCGCCUUACCAGUACACGGCCCCUGGGCUGGAGAACGAAAUUUCUUCCCUCAGACAAACGCCGGUGGAAGACAGACUGUACUCUAACACUUCACUGAACGACAGGAGCGUGGAUCUGAGCAGUGACAGGAGCAAAUCGGGCGGUAGUUUGAGUACCUUCGGUUCUAAUGACAAUGUGGUGAGACCCCCUCCCUACCAGCUCUCGGCGGGACCUACUCAGCAUUCCGCAUCACAGGGGGAUUUACAGUACCAGUACAACGCACGAGGAGAGCCCGUCGUCAGGUUCGCUCCCACUCCCAUCAGUGCCGAGCAGAGACAAACUUCUUUGCCCAGCGUCAGGCCUAUGUAUCGCAGGAGGGAACAGCAAGAGGCACACAAAUUCCAGCGCCUCCAAGACCCUCCCAGCAGGCAGUCCCCUGCCCCGUAUGAUACCUCUGCCCGACAGUCACCAGCUCCAUUUCAACAGACAGCCCGACAGUCACCCGCUCCAUACCAACAGACAGCUCGAGAGUCACCCGCUCCAUAUCAACAGAUAGCUCGAGAGUCACCCGCUCCACCAGCUCCAUACCAACAGAGAGCUCGAGAGUCACCCACUCCAUACCAACAGAUAGCUCGAGAGUCACCCGCCCCACCCGCUCAAUACCAACAGAGAGCUGGAGAGUCACCUGCUCCUUACCGACAGACAGCUCGAGAGUCACCCAAUCCAUAUGAACAGGUAGCAAGGGAGUCACCCGCACCAUUUCCAGAUUCUAUUCGACCAAACACGUCAGAGAUGAGGAAUCCUUAUAGAGUUCGAGAAUCACCGUUACCUUAUCAGCCGUCGACACGGGAAUCACCGAUACCAUAUCAGCCGUCGACACGAGAGUCGCCUAUGCCAUAUCAGCCUUCGACACGAGAAUCUGCUAUACCUUAUCAGCCGUCCGCGAGGGAGUCGCCUACGCCAUAUCAGCCGACGCCACGAGAAUCUCCGGUCCCGCGGUCUUCCCCACGUGGUUCACCUAAGCCACGUCAGCCGCUAGAGACAGCCAUGUAACUCUAUACGAUGCAUACAUAUAGCAUGUGCGUUUUCUUUCCCUGUUGUGUGGCUUUUGUGAAACAUUCAUAACAUAUAACGCAACAGCCUAUUUAAUAUAUAUAU